AUGAUUAUUAUUAUUUUAUUUUAUUAUUAUUUUAUUAUUCUUAAUUUUAUUUUUAUACAUGUACUUCAUUGCACACAGAUUGACAGUGAUAAAUCCGGUUACAUCGAUGCUAGGGAACUAGGUAAAGCCCUGGAAGCAGUCGGCAUCCGACUUCCGGGAUACGAAGUGAGGCAGUUGGUAUCGUCCAGUGAUUCGGGCGUGAGAGAUGGCAAGAUUGACAUUGAAGAGUUUAAGAAUCUUUACACGGAGCUGAAGAUGAAGUUUGACAUGAAGGACAAGUGGAAGCAGUUCAUAGUGACCAGGGACAACGUGAAGACCAUCCCUCAGGCCUCCACCACCAGCACGGCCACCCACUCCGUCACGGAUGAGGAAUGCGUCGCCUACUCUAAUUUCAUAAAUGGAAACUUUUCCGACGAUCCGGACUGCAGGAAGUACCUGCCAAUCAAUCCCAAUACGGACGACCUCUACCAAAAGAUCAACGAUGGCAUUCUGCUCUGCAAAAUGAUUAACUUCUCCCAGCCUGAUACAAUCAUAGAGACGGCCAUAAACAAGCACCAGGAGCUGACAGUCUAUCAGAAACUCGAAAACCAGAUGCUGGUAUUGAGGUCAGCCCAGGCCAUAGGCUGUAGCAUCAUCAACAUUGGUCCUGAAGAUCUAUGCGCUGGUAGACACCAUCUGGUUCUUGGACUUAUCUGGCAGAUAAUUAGAAUCGGCCUGUUAGCGGAUAUCAACCUGCAGACCAACCCGCACUUAGUCGCCCUUCUUCUAGAAGGUGAGUCCCUGGAAGAUUUCAUGAAGUUGUCCCCUGAAGAAAUCCUGAUCAGAUGGGUGAACUACCAUCUUGCGAGAUCCGGUUGUGGUAGAAAGAUCCACAACUUCACCACGGAUAUCAAGGACUCCAUAGCUUACAUCCACCUCUUGAACCAAAUUGCGCCUGAAGAUGCUGGCGUUACUAUUGCUCCUGAGAGGGAAUCCAACUUAGAAGCCAGAGCUGAAAAAAUGCUGAACGAAGCGGACAAAAUAAAUUGCAGGGCUUUCAUCUCCGCCAAGGAUGUCGUCAGAGGAUUCUACAGAUUGAACCUGGCAUUCGUGGCCAACCUCUUCAAUAAGCACCCCAAACUGGAGCCUGUCGAGAUGGUCAUCCCGGAAAUAGUCGAGACCAGGGAGGAAAAAACAUACAGAAAUUGGAUGAACAGUCUUGGAGUCAAUCCAUUCGUCUAUCACUUCUACUCCGACCUAUCCGACGGGCUGAUCCUGCUGCAACUUUUCGACAUCAUCAAACACGAGUGCGUUAACUGGGAUAAAGUUGUGAAAGAAUUCAAAUCUAACCGGGCCAUGAUGGAGAAAAUUGGUAAUUGCAAUUAUGCCGUAGAACUUGGCAAGGAAUGCAAGUUCACCUUAGUGGGAAUAAGUGGUAAGAAUAUACACGAUGGAGAUAAAACUCACGUGUUAGCGUUGGUCUGGCAGAUGAUGAGGGUGUACACGUUGAGCAUCCUGUCGCACAUCAAGCAGAGCAAGGAGGGGGCCAACAUCGAUAAAGAGAUUGUGGCUUGGGCCAACGAAAAGCUGAAAGAAGCUGGAAAGAGCAGAUCCAUAACGGGUUUCAAUGACAAAAACCUGACCACCGGAAAAGCGGUUAUCGAUUUGGUGGACGCCAUAUCUCCAGGCUCUAUCAAUUAUAGCCAUGUUAAAGAUGCUGACACGGAUGAGGAAAAACUAGAGAACGCAAAAUAUGGAAUCUGUGUUGCCAGGAGAAACGGGGCCAGAAUUUACGCCUUGCCAGAGGAUAUCGUUGAGGUGAAGCCAAAAAUGGUAAUGACCAUUUUCGCCUGUCUCAUGAUUUUGGAUCUGGAGAAGAGAGGAAAGCAGUAG